AUGACUCGGGAAAUCGAUUUAAUCGUGGAUGCAAAGCCAAAGGAGGCUCGCAGCAAACUUCUUGAAGACAAUCGCUUCACAGUGACCCUAGGAAACAGACUUGUGUUUUCGGGAGAGGGUACCACCGUUAAAGUUGAGCUUCUUCGUGGAGAAGGCAGACAGCUGAAGCUCCCGGUCGCAAGUGCGGUUCCUCUUCGCUCCAUCGAUACUGGUAACCUGCCGUGA